CAUACAAAUAUUUCACUUGUUAAUUUCUUACCUUUCAAAGUAAAAAUAAAUAUCAUCAUAUUACACAUUAAUUGUUAUAUUGUAUUGCAUUUCAUAACUUGUGUUGCUUCAUUAGACAUGGAUCUUAGUUUUAAGCAUCAAUUUAGCCUUGUUUGUGUUAUUCUGUUGUUUCCAGCACUAUGUAGCUGCAAAGAAUAUUAUGCCAAAUCCAGAGCUUCCUAUUAUGGCACCUCUGAUGGCUAUGGAAAUUCAAGGGGAGCUUGUGGUUUUGGAUACUAUGGAAAAAUAGUGAAUGAUGGCAGUGUCACAGCUGUGUCUGCAAAGCUGUGGAAAAAUGGAGGAGGCUGUGGUGCAUGCUAUCAAGUAAAGUGCAAAAUACCACAAUUAUGUGAUUACAAUGGAACAUAUGUUGUGGUAACUGACUAUGGUGAGGGAGAUAGAACUGAUUUCAUAACGAGUCCACGCGCCUUCUCAAAAUUAGGACGCAACGCAGUUGCAUCUGAAAAAUUGAAGAAAUAUGGAGUAUUGGAUGUUGAAUACAAAAGAGUUCCUUGUACAUUUAAAGGCAACAAUAUUGUGUACCAAAUCAAUGAAAAUAGUAGAAAUCCUGGCUACUUUGCUAUCAAUGUUCUUUAUGUUGGAGGAACUUAUGAUGUCACUACUGUUGAAAUAUGGCAGAGAGAACAACACCAAUGGGUGGCGAUGCGUAGAUCUUAUGGGGCAGUAUUUGACUUUACUAACCCACCAGAAGGUGAAAUCAGAUUAAGAUUUCAAGUGAGUAGCAAUAUUGAAGCUCAUUAUUAUGUGGUGUCAAGGUUCCCAAUUCCUGCAGUUUGGAAGGCUGGUGCUACUUAUUCCACUAAGAUUCUGCCUUAUUAAUUGUUAGUACAAAAAAGACUUCAGUUUAAAAUCCCAUAAACUGUUGUUUUAUCAAAAAAAAUGUGUGACUAGAAUAAUGGGAUUCGUGUAUUUUUGUUCCAUCUGAAACUUCACUGUAAUGGAGUAUAUCAAAUAAUGAAAUAAAUGUUGUACAUUAGUACACUAUUAA